AUGGAUUUGGACAGUGUUCUUGAAGAUGUCCUUCGAAAUAGAGGUCAAGGAAAUCUUAUACUGAAGCCUAGACAAAAAGAAGCACUACAGUCGAUUGUUUUUAAAGGUCAGGAUUGUUUAAUUGUUCCUCCAACUGGCUACGGAAAGUCGUUGAUCUACCAAAUGCUACUGUCACUGUUUGAUAAAAUUAGUGCGAGGAACCUUUCAUCGAAGGACAAGUCAAUUGUCAUUGUUGUUUCUCCUUUGAAUGCCUUAAUUGAUGACCAAAUAAAUAAACUUAAAUCAGCUGGUGUCAAUUGUACAAGUUUGCGUGUUUGCGGUGACGAGGUCGAUGGUGCAUUUGAAGAGAAAAUUCUUGAAGACCUUCAAGAUGGAAAGUUUGAAUUAAUUUUUACACACCCCGAGGUAGCAGUAAGCAACAGGCAAUGUAGAGACCUUUUUUGUCGGCUUACUACCAGAAAAAUGUUAGGGCUGUGGUGGUUGAUGAAGCACAUUGCAUCAUUGAGUGGUAAAUUAUGA